CAUCUGAGUGUGUUUCCUUCAGCUCCUGUGUCCUCUGUCCUGCUGGUCUCUGAGUGUCUGUCCCAGGGAGAGAUGAGGGUGUCCUGCUCCUCUGAGGGAGGGGACAGUCCUCAGUACAGCUGGACUCUGGAUGGACACACACUGACAGACGCUCAGCUCCUCUCUGGAAACAGUGAGAGUAACAACAUCACUCUGAAACAAGACGUGUCAGGACAGCUGGUCUGCUCAGUCAGGAAUAAUGUCAGUAGUGUCUGGAAAGAAGAGAAGAUAUCUACCUGUGGUGAGUAGAAACAGUUUGAUUAUUAUGACUCUGAUUAGUACCUUUACCCUCUUGGUAAAGGGAAGUGAAACUGGCAUCACUUCCUUUUCUCGUCUCUGCCUAUAAAAAGAUGAAAACAACAACGCUCUGCAUUUUCACGCACUCUCCUGUGAGGCUGAUCACUUUCAGGACACAUUUCAGGCUGUUCAGUGUAGAAUGUGCAGGUUUGCUUUUGGGUGAAGGAGAAAAGUGUGAGUGGAAGCUGCUGACUGGGUCAACAGAGGCUGAAGACUGAGGAAACAUGCAAGCUGUCAUUGGACUGUUGGUGAUGCUACUCAGAGUCUCUCACGGUGUGGAAACCUACUGUGAUGGCAGACAGGAUGGAGCUCAGUGUUAUGGCACUUUGGGAGGAACUGUGGUCCUCCAGCUGAUGGACAACGCCUCAGAAAUAUUUAAAUACCAACUGAUAAGCAACAGAACAGUAAUACUUGCAGGGGGAAAGAAUCAGAUUCUGUCUAAUCUGAUAGAAAACAGAUCCUCAUUUACUCCCAGUGAUGGAACAUUUAGGAUCAACACCCUGAGCUGGACUGAUGGUGGUGAAUAUUCUCUAGAAAUCUUUGAUUCAAAUGGAACGAGAUCAGAGCAGCGGACUCUACAUUUGAUCAUUCGAGAAAUAGGAAAUUUUCCAAUAAUCGCCGGCGUACUCCCUGCAUUGGUAAUUCUCUUGGCAGUCGGGGUGGCAGUUGUCUGUGCUCACAAGAAACAGGAAAACAACAGUCCUAAAGAAGAAGAACAUGAACAGGAAUUAACCUAUGCUGAUGUCAGGGCCGUGCAGCUGCCUGGGAGGCAGAUGGAGCAAAGGGAAGAGGUGGAGGUGGAGUAUGGCCAAGUCAAGAUUUCACAGCGACCUCAGCAGACUGUUGAACCAACAAUAAUAAUAAAAUAAUAUAUCAUUUUAUUUGAUGGCGCCUUUCAUGACACUCAACGUCGCCUUACAUCAUAACAUACGACAAGCAACAAUAAUACGUAACAUCAUUAAAACAGCAUAAAAACAAAAACGUAAAACAUCAACAAUCAAAUGGAAAUCAGCGUUGCACAUAAUUGCAGCGAGUAUGCUAGUUUGAAAAGAUGAGCUUUGAGUGCAGUUUUGAAUUUUGUAAUAGAGUCCAGUAUACGGAUGUGGAGGGGAAGAGAGUUCCAGAGUUUGGGUGCAGCAUAGGAGAAGGUCCUAGCACCCAUUGUACUGAGGUUGACGGGUGGUAGAGCCAAAAGAUUUAUUGUGGAAGACUGCAGGAAAGCGAGAUGGAGUGUAGUUAGGCACUGCGGACGGUUGGUGAUCGUCCCCUCAGGCUGGAUGAAGUCUUACCUCUGACGCUCCUGAAUUUACGCAUGGAUCCAUGAUGAUAGAGAAAUAUAGAAAUGAAAGGCAAUAAAGCUGUCAAUAUUUUUGAAAUCCCCCAAAAUAUCACAAAGCAUGCUUUUAGGGGAGCUGAUGUCUUAUUUAGUGGAGCUAAGCUCCCCCUGGCUCCCCCAUAGAUUGCACCCUGGUUGCGAAAUGUGACUUUCAGUUUGAAGUCACAGGAAACAGUGGAUGGAGGCAGUGACAAUGGAUUUCCUGAUUGUAGGUUGGUCUGCAUGAUGUCUAAAGACGCAAAAUGCUCAUGAAUUGCAGUGAUUUUUGAUUUGAAAAAUGUCAAAAAAGCAGAGCACUGCUCAUUUGAAAAGUUAUUGUCCAUAUUAUUUUCCGGUGGUGUGAGUAUAGUCUUUUUUUGGAGAAGAGAGUUCUUGUAUUCCCUUCACCUCCCUUGAUGAUAUUAGCAUAGUAUAAGUUUUUGGAGGUGGAGAGAGCAUUUUUGUACCAGAGUAUAUGAUCAUUGUACAUCUGUCUAUGUACAACAAGUCUAGUCUUUUUGUGUACCAGGGGGCAGUAUGGGUAAAUGAGAUGAAUGUGUGGAUGCCAAGGUCAAUAGAGGCAGGUGAUUCAUUGUUCACUGCACCACUGAAGGCAGGUGGAGGAGGUGUGCCAAGAUGCCUGAAGGUCUUUCACCUUUAUUUAAUGUGAUUUCCAAUAGGAAAAAUAUAAGCCAUCUAUGUUUGUAUUAUUUUCUUCACCUUUACUGUACAUCUGGGUUGUGACUGAGCAUCAAAGUAUCCGCUCCAGCAUUUGAAUCACAGACUUGCUAGUUUUUAGUGGAUAUAGUAGACUAUUUAAUAUUUUCUUAAGAAUGUAUUUUACCACAAUUUCAAUAUCUUUAGAUUAUGUUGCACUUCUUCAUUUUUACUUGUGUCUAAUUUAUGAGAAUAUUUACUUUUAUUUCAUUGUUAAAACACUGAAAACAUAAUGAAUUAUAAUGAUAAUGAAGGAAAAUGUCUUUGCAAUGUAU